AUGGUGAAAAAAACUCUUGGUCGUAGAAAGGUAGAGAUAGUGAAAAUGACUAAGGAAUCAAACCUUCAAGUCACAUUUUCCAAGAGAAAAGCUGGUCUUUUUAAGAAGGCUAGUGAAUUUUGCACAUUAUGUGAUGCAAAAAUUGCGAUGAUCGUGUUUUCACCAGCUGGAAAAGUAUUUUCUUUUGGUCAUCCAAAUGUUGAUGUUCUGCUUGACCACUUUCGAGGGUGUGUUGUAGGACACAACAACACAAACCUUGAUGAAAGCUACACAAAGCUUCAUGUUCAAAUGCUCAACAAAUCCUACACUGAGGUGAAGGCGGAAGUAGAAAAAGAACAAAAGAAUAAGCAGUCGCGGGCUCAAAAUGAAAGAGAAAACGAAAACGCUGAGGAGUGGUGGAGUAAGUCUCCAUUAGAACUCAACUUAAGUCAAUCAACCUGUAUGAUACGUGUUCUUAAAGAUUUGAAGAAGAUAGUUGAUGAAAAAGCAAUUCAAUUAAUCCAUCAAACAAACCCAAACUUCUAUGUUGGAAGUUCUAGCAAUGCUGCUGCUCCAGCAACUGUUAGUGGUGGUAAUAUCUCCACAAACCAGGGGUUCUUUGAUCAAAACGGAAUGACGACUAAUCCUACUCAAACACUUCUGUUUGGAUUUGAUAUUAUGAAUCGCACACCAGGAGUUUAAAUAAGUCUAUCCUCAUUAUGGGUCUUGGUACUAUAAGUUCAUCUCUCUCGUUGUUGACUUUUUAAGUCUCCAAUAGUUUGUU